AUGAAUUUACAACAUGAUGGCUUUCUCGCCCUGAUUCAGCAAUCCAUUGACAUGAUUCCAACUACUUUCAACGAAAAUGAAAACCCAACAACUGCUCUCACCACCACAUUCCGUCAUGAUCAUUCCAAAGUGCUGCCAUCCCUCAAGGGAAAUUUGCACAAGAUUUGCUUUCAAAAGAAACGACUUCGAGCAUCCCUGAAACAUUGGAUCAAUUCCAAAGUUCUUGGGGAUUGCAAAUGUGUUUCGUCUCAUGCUGCUUAUCUGGAUCGGGUUCGAGGAGAAUUCCAAUCUGCGGAUAAGCAAGACGAACCAACACAAACAAGAGAGGCGAGCGAGGAUCACGAUGGAGAAACAGAUCCAAUAGUUCCCAAUCGUCUCAAAUUUCUCGAUGCAAACACCGUGGACGAUUUUCCCGGUAUUGACUGCAUCGAUCCAGACCAAUUUCUUGACAUACUCAACGGAGAUGUCCUGUCUUUGGGUGUCAUUGAUGACAAGAAUGACACGAUUAUCAAUCCAAACAACCUGAUGGAUUCGGCUACUCUAUUGAUAUGUGCCGCACGACUCUACCGGCAUUUGCUGUGGAGAAAAUGCUUUCUGGAUCAGCUGGAUGCUACCACUGCCUAUGGAUUUGUCGUCAUUUGUGGGCAGGGGCCUGGUGGUGAUGACUACUACUUGGUCACGCACAAACUUCAAAUGGACUUGCCGUCAUUUGCAUCUACUAGUACCAUCGGAGCCAAGGUACCCGUACAGGUAGAGUCCCAUCACGCUGGCAUUUCGGUAUCUGAUUCACAACGUUCUGCACUCGAUUUGUUGAACGAUUUGGGAAGCUUUCUACUGACGCCUCAUCGCUCCGUCAUGGAGGUCAAUAUUACAUCAUUACAAGACAAUCGUCAUCUAUCAACCUCGAGUAGCUUUCUGUAUCCUGGUCCUGUCAUGCUGCUUCCUACCGAUUUGCGGCGAAGACUACAGCAGGAAGAAAAAUAUCCAUCUCCUCAAUACAAAGUCAUUCCUACCAUUACUGGAUCGCUUGUCAUUCGUUGCAUAAAUGUGGUGGCUGUGCAGGAACUUGUCGCCAUCAACCUUGAAAGCAACACUAAUAGCAAUGAUAGUGAUCCAAUUGCAUCUACAGAUGCAUGGUAUAUCAAGUGCAAAACGGCUCUUCUCUAUGGUCCAUAUUGGGAAACGAGCAAGGUUGCGAUCAAUGAAACUAGACGGCGGUUGCAAGCUCUAUUGAAAAAAAACAAGAGAAAGACUCUUUCCAACAAACAAAUCCAAGUGGCCAAGGAUUGGUUGUCUAUGCACCCAUUUGAUGCCAUUCACGAGUCACAUAGGAGUGUAAUUGUGGUUCGGGACAUGGGCAACGUCUUUCAGGGCCAAUUGUGCUGGAGGGACUUUGUGGCUGCAUUCGAAUCCCUCCUGGAAGAUACAUUGAUACUUCAAAAUAUGGUACAGCAAGUCCACGGGGACAUUCAUGGUGGUAACGUGCUCCUAUGUCACAAAACUUCCAAAGAACAUCCGCCAAAGCUAGUGUUGGUGGACUGGGACGAAGCGGCACGCGAAAAGCCGUUUCAUCGCAAUGCAAAAACGGAGAAAGAGAAACGCCAGUAUCCCGCUGCUCUCAUCAACUUUCCAGAUCUCUAUACCAAACAUCAACUUCAAGAACUCUUUGAAUAUUACAUCAACAAGUACUAUACGGAAUCGGGAUAUGCAGAAGCUUGGCUCAAGUUUCAACAGGAACGUGGCACUUUCAUCGAACAAGGUUUUCAAGUCUUUGUUCGGCAUCAUCACAAGAUACUUGGUGCCUUUCUUGCAUCUGCAUCCAGCGGAAACAUAGAAAGAUAG